AUGUACGGCCUGUAUCUGGAAGCAGUAAACGAUUACAUCAACGAAUCCUACGGAGAGGAUGUGUGGAGGCUGAUCGAGAACCGGGCGGAGAUCCCCCACCUCAAGUUCGUCCGGCAUCAGAUGUACAAUGACAACCUGAUCCUGCGGUUGGCGAAGGCAGCGGGGGAGGUUCUGGGAAAGACCCACGACGAGCUGAUGUACGCCUUCGGGGUCUACAUGGUCAAGAGGAUUGGAAACUAUGGAUACGAGCGCAUCCUUAAGGUUUUGGGGCGAAACGUGCGUGACUUCAUCAACGAGCUGGACAACCUGCACGAGUACUUCCGCUUCUCCUUCCCCAAAGUUCAGCCGCCGAGCUUCUGCGUGGAGGAGGAGUGUGAGACGAGCCUCACGCUGCACUACCGCAGCACCCGCAAGGGCUUCACCCAGUUCGUCAAAGGCCAGCUCUCUCAGGUGGGUCGCCAAUUCUACAACACGGAUAUCGAGGUGGAAAUCCUGUCCAAAGAGGAGACGGAGAAAAUGACGUAUGUGGUUUACAAGAUGAACUUCGACAACGCCGCCUUCAAGCACCGCAUGCCGCAGCAGAAGACGGCGCCGGGCUACGAGAAGCUGCCGAUGAAGCGAGGCAUCUUCUUCGUCAUGUUCCCCUUCAGCGUCAUCUUCCGCCGCGACAUGACCAUGUACCGCAUCGGAGACGGCCUCAAGGAGGUCUUCUCCGACCUCCAGGGCAAGAAGGUGGACGAGGAGUUCACCCUGAUCAGACCCAUGCUGGAGUUCAGCUGGGACAAUAUCUACACCCAUUUGAACAAUGUGUUCGAGCUGCUGUCUGUCGCGGUGGUGGAGAGCAAGCAGAAGGUGAACAUCACGACGGUACAGGAGCAGGAGGAGAACGAGAAGGCAAGGGAAGAAGAAAGAGUCUUUUCUGCUCUCUCUCCCUCUCCUCCGUCAGAGCCCAAGCCGGUGGAGGAGAUGAAGGGUACGGACCAGGAGUACAGCAGCUCUCUCACCCAAUACAACAGUUCUGCGAACUCCGGCGGGGAGGACAUUGAACUGCUGGCGUUCCAGACCAUCACCGGAAAGUGCAGUGAGACCAUCUUUGAGGACAUGCGAGAGCCUCCGAAGAAACCCCUCCACCUGAAGGGCCAGAUGAAGUAUGUCCCCCAGUGGGACUCCCUCAUCUUCCUGGGGACACCCAUCAUAGAGACGGUGGAGGACAUGAUAAAGAUGGGCGUGUACGUGAAUGAUCUGAACCUGCACGACUCCAGCAGAGAGCUGAUUCUGGCCGGGACACAACAGUCGGCUGAGCUGCAGCUGGCCCUCGACCAGGAGCAACAAAAAUAUGCUCAGCUGCAGGAAAUCAUCAAGAAGCUGGACGAGGAGAAGAAGAGAGGAGACUCUUUGCUGUACGCCAUGAUCCCUAAAGCCGUGGCCGACCGCCUCAGGAAGGGGAUCACCGCCCUGGAGACGUGCCAGGUCUUCCCGGAUGUGACCAUCCUGUUCAGCGACGUGGUCAAGUUCAACGAGAUCUGCAUCCACAUCACUCCCAUGCAGGUGGUGGACAUGCUCAACGAGAUCUACAUCGUGUUCGACACUCUCAGCGAGAAGCACAACGUCUACAAGGUGGAGACGAUCCGUGACGCCUACAUGGUGGUGGCCGGCGUGCCCAACAAGACCACCUUCCACGCGCACCACAUCUGCGACAUGGCCCUGGACAUGCUGAGCUCCAUCGACCACCUGAAGGACCCGUCCACCGGAGACAACAUCCAGAUCAGAGUCGGUAUUCACUCAGGUAUGGUGGUAGCCGGCGUGGUGGGCCUGAAGAUGCCUCGCUACUGUAUGUUUGGCGACACCGGCAUGCAGAUACACAUCAGUCAGACCACCAAAGACCACCUGGAACACGAGCCCUACAUCAUCGAGGAGAGGGGAAAAAUCUUUGUGAAGGGUAAAGGCUACAUGAAGACCUACUGGCUCAAAGGAAAGAGGGAUCUGUCGUUCAAGACCCCGGCGGAGAUGCGCUACAGCAGCGAACAGAAGGACUCGGAGGAAAAGAGCUCUAUCGGUUCCAUAAGCACCAACGCCAAGUGCAUGGGCUCCAACCUCAACAUCGGCAGCGUCGAGGAGCAAGCCGAUGGGAAGCCGAGCCCAAGCGACCUCCCGCUGGACGCCCUGCCGCCACCAGAGGUCGCCAUCGAGCCCCCGUCCAUGUCUGUCGAGCCUCCGGAGGGGGAGAAGGAGAAGGCCCCAAAAAAGACUAAGAACAACAAGGGGGCCAAGCUGGAAGUGCCCCAGGGGAACGCCAUGCCGGAGUCUUCGUCGCCAGUCAACGGCCCGGACAACCCGGCUCCUCUGCUGGGCAUCAAGAGGAACAGCUUCAGGCAGCACUACGCCAAGCUGCCCGCCAACCUGCCCAUGCGCAGCGCCUCCUGCUGCAUUCUGUGA